AGGGACUAGAAAGUAGGACAGAGCAGUCUGGCCCCUUUCCCUUCCGAACCACAAGCACAGAUUUGCGACAGGGGAGAGAAGACACUAGACUAGAAACAAGAAGAGACUCUGCUGCAGUCACUGAAGGAAAAAGCCCCUGGGACAGAGACCGCUGUGUCCACACUGCAGAAAAUCCAACUUUAUAGAUUGAUUUCCUCAUACCAGGGGAGGAAUAUUCACUGAAAAGAACAUCUGACACCUGAAAACAUGCACAAGCGCACCAAGAUAAAGAUCGCCAUCUUCGUCCUGCUGGUGGGUAUGGCUUGCAUGUUCACGGCGGUGGUGACGGACCACUGGGCAGUGCUUAGCCCGAAGGUGGAUCAAGUCAACCAGACCUGCGAGGCGGCCCACUUCGGCCUGUGGAGGCUGUGCAAGAAGUACAUCUACAUCAGCUCAGAAAACUAUGAACAGGGGCUCGGCUGCGGACCCAUCAGUCUGCCUGGAGAGGAGAACUGUACGUACUUCAGACACUUCACUCCCGGGCAGGACGCGGAGAUAUUCGAAUAUAAAACACAAAAAGAGUAUAACAUCUCAGCUGCAGCCAUCUCCAUCUUCAGUCUGGCCUUCAUGAUCCUCGGCUCUCUGUGUUUGAUGGGCUCAUGCACCGGUAAAGGCAAAGGACGAGACUACCUCCUCAAACCGGCUGGCAUGUUUUUCGCAUUUGCAGGUCUCUGCGCCUUCAUCUCACUGGAGGUGAUGCGUCAGUCUGUCAAACGCAUGAUCGAGAGCGAGGACACGAUCUGGAUCGAGUACUACUACGCCUGGUCCUUCGCUUGUGCCUGCGCCGGCUUCGUGCUCCUCUUCCUCACCGGCUUCGCCCUCCUGAUCCUCUCCAUGCCGCAGAUGCCCAGGAACCCGUGGGAGACGUGCAUGGACGCCGAGCCGGAUCAAGUGGAGUGAUAGCUAUGAUGGGAAACAUACCUCACUGCAAAUCAAACCAACUUGAACAUGGGCCUUUUGUCAGAGGCCCCGGGUACACCUGGUAUUAAAGUCCCCAUGAAACGGAACUUCAACAGUAUUCACCUACCGCGUCUGCGAGUAUUUUCUACUGAAACAGAACCAAUCACAAGAUGGGAGGUGGGACAUAAUGUAAGGGUGAAUUUGAUUGGAUCGCUAAAGAGUAGGUGUAUCACAACAAACAUGGCAUAAAAAUUAGACAAAACUUUUUAAUUGGUUGAAAAUUUGUAAACGCCCCUGACGGCAGCAUGAGUCAUCAGACUUUUGAACAGGAAUGUUUUACAGUAAGAGAAAAUACAGUAACUUACAGUAGAUGUUAAAUACUUUAUUGGACUGUAUUUGGCAGACGCUGGAUUCAAACUGGGAAAAUGUGAUUUCCAUUUCAUGGGGACUUUAAAUUUCAUCCUGGGUUAGCUGAUCAUAAAUCGACAGCUCGGAGGAGCACAUCUUGUAUUGACAUGUGUUUCCAAAACAUGUCUCAUGUAGCCUUUUAAAAACAAAAAUAGAUUUGAACUCCUUGCUUUAUUUGAAAUAAAUAUACAUCUUCUUUGUGUCCUUUAUGAAAAGAAUCAAGUAAUCAAACUAAUAAGAGACAUUAAGCGAUGUGUAAAAACGUUCAAUUAGAAAAUGAGAUCAUGAUGAAUCACAGUACAGGCUGUGAUUCAUCAUGAUUCAUCAUUGGCGUUACAAAUCAUGUGUUGAGGUCACAUGUGAAUAUGUUGACAACCCCUUUCCUUUCUCUGCUUUCCUCGACUCUGCAGGGGAUCAACCUAUAUUAAAAAAAUAAUAUGUUUUUCCCGUUACUGAAUCCAUACUGGCUCCUGUAUAUGUCCUGUAUUUUCAAACGCGGCCCACUUUAAUUGUAGAAUACCUUUUCACAUGCUUGGAACGAUACAAGAAUUUAAAAACAGCAGAUACAUUUUCAAUCAGACAACAAAUGUCAGUCACUUCAUGCAAACAUCGCCAUGGGGACAGAGACUAGGCGGCCCUUCACUGGUCCCGGGACACUUAACAUUCACACCCCCAGAUGAAAGUGAACACACGAGUCUCAGACCGUCUUUAAAUGUCGUCUGAGUGAUCGGAUCUCAAUGAACGAUGCGCGUUAAUACCAGGUGUAAUGAGGCCAGGAUCCUUACUCUAUAUGAACAACCACGGCCUGCAACACCUCCUUAGAAUUUGGUUUGGUGCCCUUAAUGUUAUAAUUAUGCAUCCUCUUAGGUCUACAUACCUCAAUAUGCUUCACCUUAAUUUACAUUUCGAGUAUAAAGAAUGACACAGUCAUGGCCAUGGCAGUAAGGGAGUUUAUUUGAUUCUUCUAAUGUUUGUGUAUGAUAUCUUGUACAUAUAUAAUGUUUGUUUGUUGAUUUUUGUAUGCUCAAGGAAUCAAGGGAAUUAAAGUGAGUAAGAAAAGCAAGUGAAUGUGUGUGUUCAAACGUCUAGCUGUACAUUUUUAAGAUUUUAUGAAGAACCUUUAAAGAUGCAAACUGCCUCAUUUCGGUCCGAGCGUCAUGAAUAAAUGACUGGUUUGAAGCAAAGCAGCAGCACAUAGCAGGUUUGUGUCUAUGUGUGUGUUUGUGUGUGCAUGUGUCUGAAUGUUAAACACCCACACAGUCUGCAGCACUGAUCAUGCUGGAAAAGGUUCAGUUCUAGCAGGUGCACAAACAAGGCCUUUUACUUUCAGUUCACAAACCAAACCGAUGCAUAAAAAAAUGUCCGCUCUCUUUCAUGUGUCAGCACAACACAUUUUGUGUCAAGCAGCUUCGUUGUUUGGAAUGAAACCCCCCAGAGCGAGCAUAAUCGUCAAUGCCAACCUUUGGCCGAUUUACAGGCACUGAUCAGCGCGGCUGUUAGAGACUUUUUUUCACACAUGCACUCCUGAAUAUUUCUAGAAAAUUUCAGGAUAAGCUGCACCUGAAAUCUUCCUGAGCUGCAUGUUCACAGCGUUAGACUUUCCCUAUAACAACAAGAGUGGGGAGUCUCAGGAGGAGGCAGGGUAUGACCAAGCAGCAACCUCGAUGUUGAAAAAUGAAGCCGAUCCGGAAAUGCAAAACCCUGCAGUUCAUCGAGUGUCCACUAGAGGCUGGCUGCAGAAGCACAGGAAGGCACUUAUGACGUUUUCACAUCUGUACUCCCGAAAAAAUCUAGAUAUCUAGAUAUUUUCAGGAUUUUCAGGAGCACUGCUGCGGAUAUUCUCCUGACCUGGCUGUUCACAUUAAGCUCCUCACAGCGGGAGACUAUCCCUGUCAGACGGGAGGGGGGGGGGUCUCCUGAGGCAAGACGUGACGUUAAAAAAAAGACGCAGAAGUAGCGGACAAAGCAACAGAGUCCGCUUUAUGAUGCUAUAAUGAGAACAUUUGCCUUUAUAUCAAUACUAUGUGUAGUCCAAUGGAAUCACAGAAUCAAUAAAAGACCGGAGAACAGAAAAUAUAAUGCAGCCGUUUAAUAACGUGCACAGAGAUCAUAGAGGUUGCCUGCAGACACUCUAUGCACCUAGCAGCAGUCACAGUAUAGAAACGUGACUCCCCCUUCUAUUAGCUCGAGCUGAAUUCUCCGGAGAAUAUCCUGCGGCGUUCUCACAUCAGCUAACUCAGACCUUCUGUGGAAAAAAAUACUAAGAGGCUGGAGGAGAAACUCCGGGUGAAGUCCAAGUGAAAAAUGUUGUUAGUUUUCGUUCACACAUACAGCUCCUUCUUUUUCAGGAGAUUUCUGCAAGUGUGAAAGCCCUGAGUGGUGGAGUUGUGCCAAGUAAUGCCGCACAUCAAGUUGUGAAAUUCUAACUUUCUAUGACAGAACAAUCAUGUGAGCUCAGUAGGAAAAACAGCUUAGUCAAUAACAGCUUAAAGAACUUUAUAUCUUUGAAACAUUUUUCACAGUUCAAGCUGCUUUUUUGCUUCAGUUUCACUUCAGUGUACAUUUCUUUUUCAGGGGCUAAUUGGCCUCAAUAAAAAAUGUUGACGCCAGCCAAGUUCUGGCAUUAUGAAAAAGUUGGUGUCCAGUAGAUUUAACAGUUUGAAAGUGUCAACUUGCUGCUGUUUGUCAAACUGAAACCCUCAGUGCUCUGAGCUCGUUCAGGACGUGUUAUUUCUCACUGCAUCUCUUUUAACUUAACAUUUACUAACUUAGUUACUUUUCUCCUGUUUGUUUUACGAGGAAACAAGUGAAGUUUAAGGAAGUAAAAAAACAAACAAGGUUUGAGGUUUUUGAAUGCAUUUAGAUUGUGUUUAUUAUAUGCUUUCUUUGUAAUGAAAUAAAAUCUUAAGACGCUUUGA